AUGGUGACAGAACGAGGUGACGAAAAUUUUUUGGCAAAACUUGGUGAAAGUUGCACGGAAAAUGAUGGGAAAAGGUCGAUUUCACCAAUCAACGACUUGGCUAAAGCCAAUCAGUCGAUCGCUCAAGCCUUUGGUUACAAAGCUCAACCAUCGUUGUCUGAUGCAAAUCGCUUUAAUCGAGAACGAGGCAUGGAAAUUGUUAAUAUGGCUAGCAAAUACGAAGCAUUAGUGUAUUAUAAACGUAAGGACCCAUCGAAUUAUGGCUUAAAUUCGGAUGCGUGCUUAUCACUACGACGAUCAGUGGUAGCAAGAAAUAUGAAUAAAGUUCAGAACAUCGACUCUGGCUCCAUUUAUGAUAUCAAUUCGAUACAUGUCAGUCCAGUCGUUGAAGGCAUUAGUGGUGAAACAAUUGACAAUAUUAAUUUACUAGGUAUUCUUAAAGAUGGAUCCGUUGAAAACAUCGUACGCGAAGAUGAUAAACCAUCAAACGAUCUUCUUAAAUUCUUACAAGAAUGCCGUGAGUCAACAUCGACAGAUGGCCUUGUUAGUGGUACUCCUAUCCCAAUUACUAAUCAACAAAAGAAGGAACGCGCAAUGUUUGUUUGUCAAACGGCCGAAAAAUUCGAAGUAUUCGAGAGUAAUUCGAGGUCAUAUCAAAUGAACGCUGAAAGAAAUGAGCUUUGGAAGAAGAUUGCUGCUUUAACGAAUGAGAAAUACGGUGCUGAAUUGGGAAAUUUAACCGUUGAACAAAUCAAAAAGCUUUGUGCUAAUUAUAAGAGAAAAUAUCCGUCAACUUUUGGAAGUGCACUAAAAUCAGUAAAAAUGGAGGACGAAACAGUUGGCCAAACUGAAUAUAGUAGUGUGCAAAGUCCACAAAUUGAUUUCGAUUCUGAAUCUUCUUCGACAUCAGAUUUCCUUUCACGUAUUACAUCGACAACUUCAUGUCGAAUAACAAAGAAUUUAUCCGAAGGCGCGAAUGAUUUAAUAGGAUCCUUAAUUUUGGGAAAAAAUAGCGAUGCUAGAUGCCGGUUUGGUAGUCAUUCGGAUAGUACCUUUAAUGCAUCAACAGGGGAACCAUCCUAUAUCGAACUUUUAGCUUUAAUCUCUAGUCGUGACGAUGAAAUUGCGCAGCUGAAACGUAAACUUGAACAGCAGUCAAUUGAACACAAAAUCCAUAUUUCUCGACUUUUUGAUAAAAUGUCAGCCGUAAUCAAAGAAGCUUUAAGCGACUGUGUUCGAAAUGAAUUAUUGCACACGUUGAAUGGUUCUCUUUCAGUCGUUAAUAGUGAUAAUAAUAUGAUAAGUAAUAAUACUGAUGAUGAUGAAAUUCCAUGA